ACAAACAAUGCAAAAGACGAGUCGAAGCCUGGAAAAUCAGCUCAAAAUUUGGAUGCCGUCACCAAAACUGAGUCAGCUGAACAGCUUCAUCCCCUUGGCAAAACAUUCACAGCGCACGAAGGUGAUCCCCACUCUGUCACUAAGACUACUCUCAGAGUCGCCGUGGAGAGGGAUGGGCGCAAUCAAAAAUCUUCGGAAGUCUAUCCCCGUGACACAGAGACUUACUUCGAUCAGACUCUUAUCGAAACCGAAGACUUUUCUGCCCUGAAUGAUGAUUCUCACAGGCCUGAAACAAAUAUACCAGCAUCGGGUGGUAACCAGCCGAACACAAACGUAUCAAAUCGCGCGGUGGAGGAAACAAAAGGCCAAAGUGAACCUCGAGAGGUUCUCAAACCGGUUAGGGUCCUGGGCUUCAACCAAACCGUGCCUGUGAUUAACUUAAGCACGGGAAGAAAUAUCAAACUUUUUUACACUUCAGCACACCUGGGUGUUAUAUAUGAUGUGGGGAAAAAUGAACAAGUCAUAAUGCGUGGUCACGUAAACACCAUUCAAAGCACCUGCUGCAGUAAGGACAAGCGCUGGUUAGUUACUGGUGACGCCGGCCCGGACAGCGCCGUCAUCUUGUGGGAUGCGAAGACGGUGCAACCCCGCUUUAUUGUCAGUGAGCAUUCAAGCACGCUUGAAAGCAUAUGUGAUUGUGCUAGGGGUGAAGGUGCUUCGGUGAAGGUUAAAAACCACGAAACUCGAAACUCUGGCUCUGAAAUUACUUUCACAAAGCCUGAGUGA